AUGACCGAGACCACAACCAACCCGUCGGAGAAGCCUCGAGAGGCUCACCUCGACAAUGUCGGCGCCGAGCUCGAUGAUACCGGUAAAGCCGGUGCGUAUGAGAGCUACGGCCUUGUCAAGUCGCGGUACGAUGAGUUGUCUAUCCCCCGUACACUCUGGGUGUUUAGACGUGCUGUCCUCGUUUCGCUUGCUGUAUACACGGGCUACGUCUGUGAGGGGUUCGAGCUCGGUGCAGGAGGCAGCAUCAUCGCAAAUGCGGGUUUCAUUAAGCAGUUCGGUGAGGGCGGCAAAGGAGUGCAAGCCCUCAACCCUACCUGGGUCUCUUCCUGGAGCGCUCUGCUUAAUGUCGGUCAAAUCGUGACUUUUACUCACAUUGCAUGGUUCGCCGACAAAUUCGGCCGCAAGACCUCGUUCUACCUCGCAUGGAUCUGGCUCGUUGUUGGCUGUGUUUUCCUGAAUACGGCCAAGUCUCCUUCUGUUUGGGCUCUAGCGAAACUUUGCAACGGCGCAGGCAUCGGCGUUCUCCAAAUCACUUGCCAGGUGUACAUUAUGGAGAUUGUCCCAAACAGGAUUCGCGGUGGAAUGGUCACUUUUCAAGCUGUCUGGAGUAACAUCGGAGGCAUCAUCGUCGCCGUAAUGAUGCAACAGCUGAACCAAAAGCACCCCGACGACUACCUGCUGGCCAUGAGGCUGCUCUGGAUCCCCGUCGGACUGAUGAUCAUCUUUUGGGUGUUUGUCCCGGAGUCCCCGUGGUUCCACGCUCGCCACGGAAACAAGGAAAAGGCGCUGAAGGCGAUGAAGCAACUAUAUGGUAACGUCGAAGGGUACGAUUUUGAGGAAGAGUACGGCAUUAUUGAGAGGACCAUUGAGCACGAAAGAGAGGUACUCCAGGAGGCGCCAUCAUAUGUCCAUAUCUUCAAGGGCGUCAACCUGAAACGUACUCUCACCGUGAUGAUCCUCGCAAUCUCUCAGCAAAUCGCUGGUCUGGCCAUCAUUAGCACCUAUUCCACCUAUUUCUUCUCGCUUGCCGGUCUCAAGGAUCCAUUCCUGUGCACAGUCAUCCUCUCGUGCUGCAAUCUUCUCGCCGUCUUGCUCUGGUCUCUCUCUACCGACAAGCUUGGUCGCCGGACCAUCAUCAACUCGUGCGAGACCUUUGUCUGCAUGGUCCUCUUUACCGUCGGUGGGCUGUACUGGACCGGCGCCACCAAGGGAAAUGAAGCGGGCGGCACUGCGCUUCUCGUCAUCUGCUGCUUGUGGACGUUCUCGUUCCAGAUCGUUGGCAUGUCCUAUUACCUCUUCUCGGCUGAGCUUCCCUCUGCCCUUCUCCGAAUCAAAACCGGCCCAUUUACUUUCCUUUCCAACUCCAUUAUGGGCAUUGCUACCUGUUACGCCACUCCCCCUAUGCUUCUAGCGCUGAGCGUCAAAGCCGCUUUCGUGUACGGUGCCUUUUCCGUGCCCGUCUGCGUCGUCAUGUGGCUCUACAUUCCAGAGACCAAAGGACGUUCCGCCGCCGAGAUUGACGAACUGUACGAGCGCAAGAUCCCGGCCUGGAGGUGGAAGGACACCGUCACGAAUGCCGAGGAGCAGAUGCACGCUGUCGUACAGGUCAAGGGCCAGGUCAAGGAGCAAGUUCACGCUUGA